GUGCUCAGAGGCAGCUCUGUCAAAGUGGGUGGUGGUGGGAGAGUGUUGGGACAGCUGUACUCAGCACAUCAGGCUGGGCUUUGCUCCACAGUCAGCAGCAUGAGAGAUCAGAUAGACCUGCUGGCCACAGUCACAGUUCUGGGGGUCCUGGAGCAAGCCUAUUUCACAAUGCAGGUGAUCUAUGCCCGUCGGAAGUACAAGAUUUCCCCUCCUGAAACAAAAGGUCACCCCGAGUUUGAGCGGACCUUCAGAGCUCAGGCAAACUGCUCAGAGUACUUCCCAAUCUUCAUUUCCCUCCUCUGGGUUGCUGGAAUCUUCUUCCAUCAAGGUGUGGCUGCAGCGUGUGGGCUCCUGUACCUCUACACCCGCCUCAGGUACUUCCAGGGCUACACCGUGGCUGCCCAGGGACGGUUGGGACCGCUGUAUGCCAGUGCCUGGCUGCUCUGGGGGCUGGUGGGGCUGGCACUGGCCGGGCUCCUGGCACAUUUCCUGUGGCCCAGCUCCUCCACAUGGAUGGCAGCACUGCUGUGGCCUCUCCAGCUCCGUGGUGCCUGGUGAGAGGGGCCACAGCUCUCCCCAGACCCACUGCCCCUGUCACAGGGGAGCCAGUCUGUGGCACCAUCGGAGAGAGAAUAUUUCCCUGGCUCUGCAUUCCCUGCUGAAGAGAGGUGGAUGCUGGCACUCCUCUCCUCUCAGAGAUAAUUUCCCUCUAUAAAGCAAACGGUUUCCAGCCCCUGCCCCUGCUGAGGAGCUUCACUGCUGGGCUUUGUAGCACUGUCUGCUCCAAAAUGCCUCUGGCCCUGCCUCAUGGAGCACAGAUUGACCUACAUGCUGCUGUCUCUCCUCCUUACUGCUGUAAUGAUCUGUGUUGAAGA